UUCGAUCUUAAUCCUUUGCAGACGAGAAAGACGACGAAAUCGAAGAUUCCGAUCGCCGGCGGUGGGAGAGAUGAACCACGGCCAACAAUCCGGCAAGGCGAAGCACGAAGAAGAUGCUGCUCUCACGGAGUUUCUCGCUUCCCUCAUGGAUUAUACUCCCACUAUUCCCGAUGAAUUAGUGGAGCACUAUCUGGCUAGGAGUGGGUUUCAGUGCCCCGACGUGCGAUUAAUAAGGCUGGUAGCUGUGGCUACGCAGAAGUUUGUUGCAGAUGUUGCUAAUGAUGCUCUUCAGCAUUGCAAGGCAAGACAAGCAACGGUUGUCAAAGACAAAAAACAGCAGAAGGAUAAACGCUUAAUAUUGACAAUGGACGACCUUUCAAAAGCACUGCAAGAGUAUGGUGUGAACGUGAAGACCCAAGAAUACUUUGCUGAUAGCCCUUCAACGGGGAUGGAUGCCACGGCAAGGGAUGAGUGAGCCAGGCUUCUUGCGAAAAGCAUUUUCUCUCAUCUUCUCCCGUGAGUGUUGUUGGUACUGUUUGUGAUGCCAUGUUUUCUCUAGUUUUCUGCCAAACAGAAUCCGCUUCUCUUCCGUUGGAAAUCAGAUGUAUUCUCUAUGGUUUUCAAGAAAUGGGCAUUUGGCCAAUAAGAUAAUACCACAAAGAGCUAGCCUUGGCCAUUCUUUUGCUCA